AUGAUGGGCCUUACUAAUAAGGUUGUUGAGGAGUUCUACCACGGGGAUGGUCAAGUCAAGCGGGAUAUGCUUAGUUCAUUCAAGAAACAUGGAUUGACUAAAGAUGAAUGCGAGAUUGAGGCAAUUUUCAUGUUUGUCGCAGGGUCAGACACCACGGCUUCUGUUAUUAGAGCAGGCAUGCUUUACAUUCUUGCGACACCUCACGUCUAUUCUCGGUUGAAGCGAGAAAUCGCAAACACUAUCCGUGAGGGACGGGCUUCGAGACCAAUCAGCAAUGCAGAAUCCCUUGCACAACCAUACAUACAGGCUGUUGUUUAUGAAUGUCUUCGAAUCCGCUCUGUCUCGACGAACAUGAGCUUCAAAGAAGUUCCAACUGGCGGUGAAUUCUACAACGGAAAAUUUCUCCCUGCCGGCACCAACAUAGGAGUUAACUUCUCAGGACUUCUCCGUUCAGAGACCUUGUUUGGCAAGGAUGCUCAUAUCUUCAGACCGGAAAGGUUCACCGAGGUUGAUGAUAAGACAAGUGCCAAGAUGAAGCGAGAUGUCGAAUUGACCUUUGGGCUCGGGAGGUGGAGUUGUCUGGGGAAGCCGAUUGCUUUGAUGGAGCUCAAUAAGAUUUUCUUCGAGCUCUUUCGCCACUUCGACUUUCAGCUGGCUGAGCCACAUCAGGCAAUGCUGUUUGACUCCUAUAUGUUGUUUCGUGACAAGGGGUUGGUUCUCAGGGUUACUGAAUCAGACCUUGAAGACCUUUAA